CCCUAAAAACAGAUAAUAAGUAGAAAUUUUCACCCAGUUACAGCCACUGCACCCAUGUCAAAGAAACUGUGGCAUGUCAGUCUGUGAAUUCCACAGUCUGUGUGAAAGAUUAACCGUGUGCGCGGCAGUGCCAACACACGAAAAGUAGCUUCAUGAGUGUCCAAAGUAGUGGAAGUUUGGAGGGGACGCCAUCUUGGUCCCAGCUCUCCACGUCCCCAACACGGACUUGUUUUCAGCAACAUACCACGGCAGGGGUGAAGGCCCAGGAAGGCACCAUGGAGGAGCUGCACAGCCUGGACCCCCGGAGACAGGAGCUGCUGGAGGCCCGCUUUAUGGGCGGGGUCAGCGGCAGCACAGGGGGGAGCACUGGCAGCACAAGUGGGGGAACCAAAGGUUUGACCAAUAAUGAAUGUUCAAAUCAUAGUUUUGGAAGCCUGGGAUCCUCAAGUGACAAGGAAUCAGAGGGGUCAGAUGUGAAAAGAGGCAGCUCUCCUGCUUAUUCGACCCCAGAGAAGAAACAGUCUGAAACCAGAGGCAGAAAAAGGAAACCUGAGAUCCAGUCAGAGAGCAGCCAAGGGAAAACAACUGUGCGAGGACCCAAAAUCAGUGAUUAUUUUGAUUUCCAGGGAGGAAAUGGGUCCAGUCCUGUGAGAGGUCUCCCACCAGUGAUCCGUUCGCCCCAGAACUCACAUUCCCACUCCGCUCAGGGCACAGCUGUUAGACAAAACAGUUCAUCUCCUACUAGUCUGUCUUUUGGGGACCACAUGACGCAUCCAAAGCAACAAGCAGUCAAAUUUGUGCAGACUGACCUUACAGUGCUGAAAUUGGCUGCCCUUGAAAGCACUAAGAAUCUCGACCUUGAGAAGAAGGAGGGCAGAAUAGAUGAUCUACUAAGGGCAAACUGCGAUCUCAGGAGACAGGUAGAUGAACAACAAAAAUUACUUGAAAAGUACAAGGAACGCUUGAAUAAAUGCAUCACUAUGAGCAAGAAGUUGCUCAUAGAAAAGAGCACCCAGGAGAAGCAGGCCUGCCGGGAGAAGAGUAUGCAGGAUAGACUUCGUUUAGGACAUUUCACUACAGUGAGACAUGGGGCCUCAUUCACAGAGCAGUGGACUGAUGGUUACGCCUUCCAAAACCUUGUGAAACAGCAAGAAUGGAUAAACCAACAGAGAGAAGAUAUUGAGAGGCAGAGAAAACUUCUAGCCAAGAGGAAACCUCCGUCCUCCAGCAACUCCCAAGCACCAACCACAAACUCAGAGCCAAAGCAACGCAAAACCAAGGCAGUGAAUGGAGCAGAGAGUGAUCCCUUUCUGAAACCCAGCCUACCUCAGCUGCUGACACUAGCAGAGUACCAUGAACAGGAAGAGAUCUUCAAACUGCGACUUGGACAUCUCAAGAAGGAAGAAGCUGAGAUCCAGGCGGAGCUGGAGCGUCUGGAGAGAGUGCGCAACCUUCACAUUCGGGAGCUGAAGAGAAUAAAUAACGAGGACAGCUCGCAAUUUAAAGAUCACCCAACGUUGAAUGAACGGUAUCUGCUCCUACACCUUCUAGGACGAGGGGGCUUUAGUGAAGUUUACAAGGCUUUUGACUUGAUUGAGCAACGAUAUGCUGCUGUGAAGAUCCACCAACUCAACAAAAACUGGCGAGAAGAGAAGAAGGAGAACUAUCACAAGCAUGCAUGUCGAGAGUACAGAAUACACAAGGAGCUGGACCACCCCCGAAUCGUGAAGCUGUACGACUACUUCUCACUGGACACAGACACGUUUUGCACUGUCAUGGAGUACUGCGAGGGCAAUGACUUGGAUUUCUACUUGAAACAGCAUAAGCUAAUGUCCGAGAAGGAGGCUCGGUCCAUCGUCAUGCAGAUUGUGAACGCACUAAAAUACCUGAAUGAAAUCAAACCUCCCAUUAUCCACUACGACCUCAAGCCAGGUAACAUUUUGUUGGUGGACGGCACAGCUUGUGGAGAAAUCAAAAUCACUGAUUUUGGAUUGUCCAAAAUCAUGGAUGACGACAACUAUGGCGUAGACGGGAUGGACUUGACCUCUCAGGGUGCAGGGACCUAUUGGUACUUGCCUCCUGAAUGUUUUGUGGUUGGGAAAGAGCCUCCAAAGAUCUCCAAUAAGGUGGAUGUGUGGUCUGUGGGCGUUAUCUUUUUUCAGUGUCUUUAUGGAAGGAAGCCUUUUGGCCACAACCAGUCACAACAGGACAUCCUGCAGGAGAACACCAUACUGAAAGCUACUGAUGUUCAGUUCCCCGUCAAGCCUGUUUCCAGUAAUGAAGCAAAGGCUUUCAUAAGGCGGUGCCUGGCAUACAGGAAGGAGGACCGGGUAGAUGUUCACCAAAUGGGAAGCGACCCGUACCUGCUUCCUCACAUGCGGAGGUCUAGCUCAUCUGGAAACCUGCAGAUGAGUGCUGCUGGCUCAGGACUCGCCUCCUCCAGUAUCAUCUCAUACUGACAGCCUUGUACUGUGACAACUAAAAGGCAAACUGACCAAGUGGCUCCCUCCGCCUGCGUGAGCUUCAGGCUCAUGGGAGAAGGAACAGCCAGAAACAGGAGGAGCAGGACACUGGUGAGGAGAUCCAAGCUGAGUCUCCUCUGACCUGUGCCAGGCUUUUCCUCGUUCACCAGGGCUCGAUCAAUGAAGGGACAGUGAAGGGAUGUUUUUUUGAAAAGGACAUGGGUGAAAGGAUCUUUUGAGGGUCCGACAAAAGCACUGAAACUGACGACGUACCUUGAAGAAAAUGUGACUGGACACUCUGUUCUGAUGUUGCAGACGGAUAAAGCCUUAAAGGGCCGAAGGGAGACUUGGCAGCCGGCCGUUCAUUCAGAUUAAAUAACAUGGUCCUGCCAGGGUGCAAAUGAUUCAGCUGCUAGACGUUAAUUUACUGUGAGAGGAGGGCAGUUAUGUAGAACUACAAAGACUUCACUAUUGAUUUGGCUAAAUGUUUUGUUUUUCACAAGUGUUAGGCUUUAAAUUGAGUUACUUAGCCAUGAGAAUGUAAUGUGUAGCAUACAAGUGGAAACUAGUGAUGUAGGGCGGGGCAGCAAACAUAAGUUUAAUGCACAAAGUAACCAAAUGUAGAAAAAUGACAAUAUAUAAAUCCUAUGCAGGAAUAUUAAUUAACAUAAAUUGGAAACUGUAUAUGCUGUACAGGUGAAUUUUGAACUGCAGCAGUAACAUGUACAAAGUUAAAAAUUCCCCAUGUAAAACUAGUUUCCUGGGUUGUUUCAUUACGCUGCUUUGAUGCUCUUACUUUUUUAAGGGCUGUAUGUUCCUCUGCGGGUACAAACUGUGCAGUUCUGCUAAGACUGAAUAAUAAAUUCCAGGAAACAUUUUUCUCUCACAGUGAAUGGUGCAAAAGAAAAUACAAGCCUGUUUAUUCUGAAGUUAAUAACCGAUACAUAUCACCUGGUAAUGCAGUGAAAAUGUUAGGGUGCAAGCUGCCAGGAUUUUUGACAUUAUACCGACACCCGGUGGCUUUGUUUGGUACUGCAGUGAUACAGGUAGAGAAGAGGAUGCUCACAACACAACUCAUGUUGGAGAUGCCCAAUAAACACAAAAGAGGCUUAGAUAGAUAAAAUACAUUAGUUUAAUCAAGGCAACUUUACAAAUAAUAUUUUUGUACAAAACCAAAACCUUUUAGUAGAUUUAAUGGCUACAGUGAUAGCAAGUAAACUUGCUUUUAUAAAGAUAAAUACCAAGUAGUAUAUCAUGAACCCAUCCAAACCCACAGACCUCGAGUAGUUUACAGAGCCCAUAAAAGGUUACUGUUUUUCUGGAGUGCUUUUGUAUUUUCACAAUCCCUUUUUGCAUUCCUUUUCAUAUUUAGAGAGACCAAGCUGAAAAUGUAGCUUUCAGUAAAUAUGUACACAAAAAUAUGCACUUCAAAUGUAGCCCUAGUCUGAGCUAUUACAGCAGCAACAGAUUCAAUCAGCAGAGGCUGUGUACAGUCAGAGCUCUGCUUUUGAAAGAGGAAAGCUCAUUUAACAAUAUAAAAUGUUAGGUCAUCUCUCCUCUCAGUAAAAUCUGCAGAUUGUGCAAAGCUGGCACUCAGUUUCAACUGGAUACGUUCAGCAAAAGUAGUUCAGACAACCAAUUCCAAAUCCAACUUUCAGAGGCUCUGUAGUAGAAGUGAAAAAAGAAGCAAAGAUACAGACUUGCACGUCGAAAGUAACCUGCUCCCUCAUAUACUUGACAUUUUAAAGUUCUGUAACCCAGUGUAUGUUUGAACUCUGCUGAAAUAAAAUGUACUUCAGA